AUGCUUCCCGGGACUGAAGGCCUGCUUGCGCAGCUGACAGCACCUGACUACGCGCCAUACAGUGCCAUCCUGGGCAGCGCCGGUUACAGCACUGUCCAGUAUGAUGUCAACCAGCUUCUCGCUAUGGUGCCAGACACGGCAGAGUUGACCUUCCUUGCCCAGAUCUAUGACUGGCUGGAGAAGCAGCAACAGCAGCCAGGCUCAGAUCUGACAGGAGCCCUGGAUCUCAGCAACGUGGCUUUGGCGGGGCACAGCCGGGGAGGCAAACUUGCUGCCCUGCAAUUUGCCAAUGGCACACUGCCCAAUACAUUUGCAGCAUUCCUGGUGGAUCCAGCGGACACCCCCUGCUUUGCAUCUACCCCAGAGUGCUUCCCAUCUGCUCGUGAGGCACUGGCGAAGGCAGGGAGGCGGAUAGGGGCAGUGGGCUCGACCAUUCGGUUCUGCUGCAACCCUGACACUCCUGGCCCGGGACAGAAGGCCGCCUGCGCAUUUGGCCUGACACUCUGCACUGGCUAUGGCGCAGAGGAUCUGGUCACGGCAGCUGGGCACGGCUCAAAACUGUAUCUGAGGAUGGCGGGGCACAUGCAGUUUGCGCAGCUGCCGGCCUGGGAACAGGAGGCUGCAAAUUUGGGCUGUCACUUCAAUGAAUCAGUUACCAGCAUGCAAGUCAUUGAGGAUGUUGCCGCCCUCAUGGUGUUGUGCAGUGUCUUGUUGGGCCUGCAUUACCGCCAGCGGCCAGAAUAUGUCCUUGUGAUCGACAGCGGCAGCAGUGGCACACGCAUAUUUGCGUAUCAAUGGAAGGACAACGGCCCCAAGCUGCCCUCACUGACAGCUGUCAGCAUCCAGGCCGCCAAGCACAAGAUUCCUCGGAGGGCGGCAGGCGACAAGCGCGCGUAUGAAAGGCUCGAGACAGAGCCUGGACUGGACAAAUUUGUCGCCGAUCCAGAGGGCCUGGAGCGGCGCGCGCUGCGGCCACUGCUGGAAUGGGCGGAGGCGGUGGUGCCGCGGCGGCAAUGGCACCGGACGCCGCUGUUCCUGUUUGGCACUGCUGGAUUGCGCAAAUUGCCGCCCGAGGGCCGCGCCGCAUUAUUAGACGACGUGCGCGCCGCGCUCUCCCGCUGCGAGUUCAGAUUUGAGGCAUCAUAUGCGAAUGUGAUCAGCGGGGAGGAGGAGGGCGUGUAUGGCUGGAUAGCUGUGAAUUACCUGAAUGGCCACCUGGCGCCGUCAGCCCUGCCCGCUCCCAUCGUGGUGCAGGGCCGGGAAGGUGCGUUCAGGGAGGAGGCAGCUUCCUCGGAGUCAGUGGCAGCUGCCGGGAAUGCCGCGGAGCUGGGGGUGGAAACCGUGGGGACCCUGGACCUGGGGGGGUCCUCCCUGGAGGUCACCUUCCUGCCAACUGGCAAGCACGCGUCGGAGGCCACAACCAACGUGAGCAUCAUGGGCGUCCAGUAUCCGCUCUACACCCACGUACACCACGGCUAUGGCCUGAACGACGCCUUCGACAGAUCCGUGACACUGUUACUAGAGUCUGCCCAGGAGCGGCCAGAUCAGGCGCCCAGCAGGGAACCCCCCUUCACGGCCGGCGAGGAGCGGGGGGCCCCGGACCCCCCGGACCCCAACCGCAACCCCGACGCCAUGAAAUCUUUUCAAAUUCGAGACGACAGCGGCGGCGGCCGCGCGCCCCGGGGCCUGCUGCAAGCAGAGGACAUUGCCAGCUUUGGCACGGAUGAUGCUGUCUCUUUUGGAUCAGACAUCAGGCAGUCUUCCAGAAGAGGGAAUUUUGGCGGGGGCGUCACUGGGGUAGAAGGUGCCGCGGCCCGGGAAUUCAGAAAAGGAGCAGGGGUGACGAAGGUGGUUGGAGGGGUCGGUGAAAGGUUGGAGCGGCGGCGGCUGACGGAGCCGCACGUGGUGGAGCACCCAUGCUUGCAUAAGGGUUACUCAUCGAUCUACCGGCGCAUGGUCUCCCACGGCAAGCUUCCCAAGCCCGCCAUGGUGCAGCUGGUGGGCAGGCCUGACUAUGAGGCGUGUGCGGCUGUGGCGGAGAGCGUGCUGAGCACCAGGGACUGCGGUGCGGCCCACUGCGUGUUGGGCACCGCGCAGCCUCAGAGCAGCAGCGAUUUUUUUGCCCUAACGGGCUUUUUUGUGGUGUUUCACUUCUUUGGGCUGCCUGCGGGGGCCGGGUUGGCGGAUUUGGAGCGGGAGGGGCGCGCGCACUGCGGCCUCGACUGGGACCGGCUGCGCCUAAGUAGGGGCGAGGAAGUCCACGUGGACCAGUACUGCUUCAGGGUGCCGUACAUAGUGGCGCUGCUGCGGCAGGGGUUGGCGUUGUCGGAGUUGCACAUUCGCGUCGGCAGCGGCAACGAAGGGUGGACCCUGGGGGCGGCCCUGGCCGAGGGUGGGCGAGUCGGCAUCGGCAGGCCUCUGAUCGACAAGGAACAACAGGCGGACUACUCGCAGUUUGUGUACUUCUUUGGGCUGGCCGCCGCUGUCAUGUGUCUCUUCGUCCUGGUUUGGAAGGUCGCAACCAAGGCGUUCUCAAAGCCAGUCAGCCUGGGCCAUCGCAGCGACUCCCUGGACAACCCAGUGGAAACGCCUCUGCAGACCAAUCACCUGCCUCCCCCAGUAUUCCCCUCUGGCCGCAUGCCCAACGGCCUCAGCCAAAAGCCCUUGAAGACCCCGUCACCUCCAGGUCCCUUUGCGGCGGUUACGGCGUUGCAGCAGCGGCCGUCGGGGGGUCUGGCGGCACCGGUGAGGGCGGUGGGCCCUCAGGGGGUGAAUUACUACACCAACCUCAGCCUCAACAGCAGCCGCAAGCGCCAGCCCAGCAUUGACAACCUCAGGGGCCUGGAUGUUCCUUCGUAG